AUGACAGUGAUGUUCUUUGCGAACAUGACCAGCUCUAUCCAAUGGCUUCAAUACUCAAUCGUUCCAGAUAUCUUUGUCGAGUUCUAUCAAAAGUCAUACAAUGCUAUUUCUGCAACGACGCUUCUUGGCUCAAUUUCGAUGAUCGUCAUGAUCAUCCCCGUCACUUUCCUUGUCGAGUUGAAAUCGACGAGAUUUGUGCUUCUUCUAGGAACGAGUUUGAGUUUUAUCGGCGCCGUGAUAAAGUGUUUAUCUGUCGAUCCAGAGCGAUAUUGGGUACUUAUGUUGGGACAAGCACUGGUGGAGAUUAACAUGCCGAUUGUCCUCUCCCUUCCUCCGAAAAUCGCUGCGAACUGGUUUCCAAACAAUGAGCUUGGCCAAGCGAUCUCUCUUUCCGUCUUUGGCGAUCAGCUCGGAAUCGCGCUAUCAUAUCUUGUUCCGUUUGUUGUCAAAGGGCCGAUCAACACUUACGGAGCAGGUUUUGAUGAAAACUGGUCGAAUCAAACAAUUCAUGGGGAAAGUAACACGACAGCCGCGAUUGAUGAGCCGUUCUUUCCCGACUCGGAGAAAAUCGACAGCGAAAUCGGCAUGAUGGGAUUCGCCGCAAUAUUUGCAGGAAUCAUUGGAUCGUAUCUUUUUGGUUUCGCACUAGACAAAACCAAGCGCUUCAAAAUUGUGUCGACUGUUACUGUCGUUUCGAGCCUGAUUUCACUUGCCUUUUUGACUGGAUUUUUGAAUUUUUCGAACCUGAUUUCGAUGUACAUUCUCGUUGGUUUCUGUGGACUGACGAUGACCUCUCAAUUCACAGUCGCAUACGACUUCAUGGCUGAAAUAACUUUUCCCGUGUCUGAGUCCUCUAUGUCUGCAAUUUUGAACAUGAGCUAUGGAAUCUUCGGAUUCAUCAUAACUCAGUUUUCUCAAAUGGCAAUUGAAGGAAACGCUUCUCAAACACAGGGGGCGUACAAUGGGCUUUAUAUUCUUAUUGGGACAGAGUUUCUAUGUGAAAUUCUCAAUUUUUUCACAAAGGAAAAGCUCAACAGAAAUGAUGCAAAUCAGAAAAGUCGAUUUAUCGGGGAAUACGCCGAUAUCCAAGCAACUGGUCGAAAAACCAAAGUCAUCAUGGAUCGCGAAAUCGUCCUCCAAUACACUGAUCCUGACAGGGAAAACUCCAGGGAAAACUUUGGCGAUUUGAUCAGCUGGGCCGACUCAGUCCUCUUGGUUUACGAUUUGGUCAAUCAAAAUUCCGUCGCAAUCGCUGAAGUUCUUUAUAUGAAGAUAAAGUCUGAACGGGCAAGGAAUUCGAAGAGCUUUUCGAUAUUUUUGGUCGGGAAUAAGUCGGAUUUAUUGACGACGGAAGGACCAGUUGAACUCUCAGAAAAUUUCAAAGAGAAGUUUGAUGCACAUUUGAAGAUUUCGAGCAAAUACGAGCCGGAAUCCAUCAAUGAAUUGGAAGAAAAAGUGGCUUCUGUCUUAUUCAAAUCUCAAAACGAAGAAAAACGAACUCCUCCUCUUGAGCUCUCGUUAAUGGGAAAAGUCAGUCACAAAAAGUUCUUCUGGAAGCGUCAUUCGAGCAAAAGCAGAAGUGAUACUUCCAUUCUCCAUCGAAGAAAAAUGCGUCUUUAUCUUGCCUUCUUAUCACUCUGCUCCUCCACUGAAAUCAACGAAGACAUCUAUAAACGCCUCGAUAUCCUCGAAAACUACCAAAAACUUCUCAUCUCGAACAUUCGUUUUCAACGCGCGCGCAUCAACAUUUUAGAAACAAACAUGAAGAGCCUUCAAGAAGACAACAAACAACUUGCUAAGCAGAUUUUGUAUUUUGUCGACGACUAUGAUCGAGAGUACGACUAUGCUUUUUCCGGCUCUGGAGAUGGCGCUUAUUACCCGAAUGCUUGGGAAAUGAGAGCUGCUCUUGUCGACCGUGUCAGAGAUAAGCGCCAAAACUCCCUUCCAGAAGAAAACUUUUUUGAUAUGGAAAUCGAAGAAAUCAAAGACGAGCUGAAAAGCUGGAAACAUAUGAAGUUCGAUUUCUUGUCUCAAAUUCGAACCCUAAGUGACAAUUUUUCCUCCCUUGAAUCGAAGAUCAAACAGUUUGAAAUCAACGAGAAGGACUUCUAUGAUCUAGAAGAACGACAUAAUUCUGUGGAGAGGUUUUUGAUCAAUGCUCAUAAGAAUAAAGACCUUCAAGGUCCCCCUGGAAUUCAAGGGCAAAAAGGAGAGCUUGGUCCAGUCCGACUUGUUGCUGGCCCGGUUGGUCCUCCUGGCGAGCCAGGAAGACGAGGCGAGCCUGGAUUCAAAGGAGAACCCGGAAGAACAGGUUAUUUGAGGGGAUUGAAUGGCAAAAAAGGCGAAAAAGGAGAAAAUUGCGACUGUCGCUAA